AUGAACAACGUGCUAUGCCGGCUGUGCUUGAUAAAGUGUGAAGAAUUGUUCGGAAUGUACAUCACCUCCCCGAGCGGUGUACAGCAGAGUUUACCGCAAAUCCUCCGAGAAUGCCUAUCGAUCGAUGUAACCGAUACCGAGCCGAGCUAUUUUUCGAAAUUUAUUUGCAAUGAGUGCGUGUACAAGCUAGAUCUAUUUUACACUUUCCGUCAACAGAGCCUCAAAAGCCAGGAGUACUACAAUGGACUCGUACUGUACUAUCAACCGUCUAUACCCUGCUCGAGCAAGAUACCGCCGGAAUCAGCUGCAGGGCCUGUUAGUACCGCGUACGAAAUGCAAAUUGAACAACAAACACAGUCGGACCAGUCGGCUCACACGAGCAACGAGCUGGCCGAUAUUAACUUUUCCGGAAACGAGUUUAUGAUGGAUGAAACAGAAAAGAAUCAGCUCUGCAAGGAUUACGAUGAUAUUAUUCAGAGUUUGCAAAAGGAUGAUCUUGAUUUUACGGCAAACGAUGAGGAGCUAGGGAUUAAACACGAGCUGGAAAUUUCGAUACCGUCAAGGGGGGAGAAACAUGCUAGGCAACAUGCAGCAGCACAGCAAGAAUGUCCGGAACCGUCGUACAUUUAUCACACCGCGGCAGAUCCGAGGAAUGUCGUUUGCCAGCAGACAGAACCCGCCAGCGACGAAUGUUUCAAUGCAUACGACUCACUGUCCGCAACGACUGCUAAGGACGUCGUCAGCGGCAUCAGCGAACCGGACGAUGAUAUGGGCUAUGAUGAUUUUGUCGGCAUUCCGACGGGAACAUUGAAUGACGGCAACGAAUCGCCUGUUUCGGUAGCACAAGUGCGAGAGAUAAUUGAGGAUGGGUUCAGUGCGACCCUCCAAAAAGUUCAACCAACAAGCAUAAGUCCCGCUUUGCCGAGGGAAAUCGAUUUGCCAACCAGUCAACUUGACGCACAGCAGCCAAAUGAGCCAUACCAAGAUUCUCCAACGACUAUCCCGUACGAAGAAAUUGAGGCUACCGCUGCAACGAGCAAUGCCGUCGAUGGAACCGAACCUAACCCACAACCGUUGAACGACAAAACGUGCGAGCUGUGCUACAAAACGUUUCGCACACGCCAAAAGUUGAGCAUACAUCGGAACACACACCUCCGGCUGGCACCGUUCAAAUGCACGUUUGAAGGAUGCGCGAAAGCGUUCAAAUCUCGUAUCGGGCUCGAGGAACACCUGGCGCGGCACACCAACAGUUUCGAGUACUCGUGCGACAUUUGCGCGAAAGGGUUCCAGCACCGGAGCUACUUGUCAGCACAUCGGCGUGCGCACAGCACCGAACGUAAAUUUCAGUGCAUACCGUGCGGGCAAUCGUUUAAAUCGAAGCAGGCUCUGAUCGACCACAAAAAUCGCCACCUAGGGGUGAAACCGUUCGCCUGCGAGCUCUGUGAUAAGCAGUACACGAAGAACGCCCUGUUGCAGGCGCAUAUACAGCAGGCUCACGGUGAGCCACAUCAGGCCGCCACGCGGUACCCAUGCACGGAGUGCGGAAAAUGCUACACGUCCAAAAGCUACCUGACCGUGCACAUGAGAAUUCAUCGAAACGAACGAUCGUUUGUGUGCGAGAUAUGCGCCAAGGGCCAUGUCACGCGCAAAGACCUCGCGGUGCACAUGACGAUCCACACAGGAGAAAAACCACUCGUCUGUGAUAUUUGCGGCAAGGCGUACGCACGUCGCGGCGCAUUGGACUGGCAUCGGCGGACACACACGAAGGAACGUCCUUACAGCUGUGAUGUGUGCGGCCAAACGUUCUCGCAAUCUACGCCCCUGCAAGUGCACCGAAGGACACACGACGUUGCGGUGCAAAAAAAGCAACCUGCUAAGGAGGAAAGGCUGCCCAUCGUCAUGCCAAGCAAGCCAGAACACGAUCGGUAGUGGCCGGUGGUCG